CAAGAUCACAAAUACUGUUACAAGCGACCAUAAACACCUCUUAAAUGAAUCUUAGCCUCGAUCUUCAAUAUAUUCUCUUCAAGACGACAAGAUCUGUUCAAUAGCAUCAAGAAAAGGAUCCAGGGAAUUUAGACAAAAUAAAAGUCUGAAACCCUAUGAAAGAAGAAAGAAGAAGAAGAAGAAGAUCUGUUCACUUAUUACUAGUUUACGUCGAUAAGAAGAGCAAAGUUUGAGGUAGUCUCAUGGUAAAAGAAUUCCAGCCAUGUCAAAAACUGAAUCAGACAAAGAAAAUGUUGACUCAGCUAAAAUGGCAGAGCAGACAUCGAAGGCAAACAGAAAUGAUUUGCCUGGGAGUUCCUCUGGGCCUCAGAACUUGGCCCUCAACACGCACAAGGCUGGAAUGGAAGGCUUAGAUACAGAAAAGAUAAAUGAAAUUAUCAAGAAGGCAUCAGAAGGGUCCCGGUUUUACCAACACAAGCAAAAAUGCCAACAGCGCCUUGAUGCAAAGAUAGUGGAAAUGAAGCGAGCUGCGGAAGCCUUCUCUGAGGAGCAGAUUAAGAAAGCAACGCUGCAGAUGGACCACCUUGUGAAGGAAUUAGAAUCCAGGAGGGAUCUAACACGCACAAUUGUCCAUGUAGAUAUGGACAUGUUUUACGCUGCAGUGGAAAUGCGAGAUGAUCCAUCUCUAAGGGACAAGCCAAUGGCAGUUGGGAGCACAGGAAUGCUCUCCACAAGCAACUAUGCUGCCAGGAAGUUUGGCGUUCGAGCUGCCAUGCCAGGCUUCAUUGGCAAAAAAUUGUGUCCUGAUCUUGUGAUUGUUAAACCAGAUUUCACGAAAUACAAGCAAGCUAGCAAGGAGAUCCAAGAGAUAUUUUCUCAGUAUGAUCCCAAUUUUUGCCCCAUGUCCUUGGAUGAGGCGUAUCUGGAUAUAACGGAAUACUUAGUUAAGAAUGCACAUGUGGUUGAGAUGGAAGAUGAAGAUUGCGAGACUCCAGCAGAAUGCGUUGUAAACGAGAUGAGGCGGAAAAUCCAAGAAAAGACGAAACUAACAGCUAGUGCAGGCAUUGCAUCCAACACACGCCUUGCGAAAGUCUGCAGUGACAUGAAUAAGCCUAAUGGGCAGUAUUACCUACCUCCAGAGCGCCAAAGGAUUAUGGAUUUCAUAUCUUCAUUACCUAUACGUAAGGUAUCUGGCAUUGGGAAUGUGAUGGAACAGCAGCUUUCUGCCAUUGGAGUGAAUCUUUGUUCUGAUCUGAUGAAAAAGCGAGGGCUCCUGAAAUUGCUCUUUUCUGAUAUCAAUUAUAACAACUUUCUUAGAAUUACUUUGGGAUUAGGACACACAACCCUCAGCACCUGGACAGAAAAAGACCGUAAGUCCAUUAGUACAGAGACCACCUUUCGAGGCACUGCAGAUCGCAAUGUGCUCUUCACCAUCACCAAAGAUCUCUGCCAUGAACUUGCCGAUGAAAUGUCUCAGAAAGAUAUAUUUGGGAAAGUCUUCACUCUCAAAUACAAGACAGUAGACUUUCAGAUUAGAAGUCGUGCACACACUUUCCCAGAUGCUGUUCAAACAACAGAGGUACUGGCAACUACUGCUCGGAGAAUCCUCCAGCAUGAGAUGGAUGUAUCACCACAGCCAUUAUCUCUGCGACUUAUAGGGGUGAGAAUGUCUAACCUCCUAAGUUCUUCUGAAGUUGGACCAAACCGACAGUCAACACUAACUCAGUUAUUCUCAAACAACAAUGUCAGUUGUGCCACAAAGCAUUGCCCUGAAGACAAGAAGUCCACACAUUCACAAAAGAACAAUGGUGAAAACCAGGUAUCUGCUCAAAGUAGCAUGUCUGAGAAUGCUAACAAGAAGUCCAUUCCAAAUCAGGGCUUGAAAAAUGCAUCCAUUGGGCGGUAUCUCUCAAAAGCUCAGAAUGUAAAAAGUCCUGUCAAAAAGAUUAGCUAUGAAUGUCCAGUUUGUGGAGACUCUGUUGAAGUUCCAAGUCUUGUGGAGUUUAAUAAGCAUGUAGAUUUAUGCUUGUUACAAGGAUCAUCAGUAAAUGUCCAGUCACUUGAAGAUUCCAAAAGGUUAAGCCAUAAGGAGGAAGAAGUGUUUAACAUUAAUACAAUAGAUACAGAGGAACCAAGUAACAAUGAAAAUUUGAGACACACUGAGAGUUUAAAAGAAACAUUACAGAAUGCACAGAGCAGUUCAGCCUCUGCUUGUUCAAAUAACAGCAGUUCCAGAGGCAUAUAUACUUUCUCUGACUAUGAAAGUGAUGAAGAAUUGGAUUUUCUUGAAGACAAUAACCUUUCCAGUGAUUUAAGAAUAUCAUGUGAUAGGCAAGAGGAGGAUGACAAAAUUUCAAGUAAUCAUGAAUGCAAGCUCUCAUGUCCCAUCUGUGAGGAAGAGUUUGAAAACAUCACUGCUUUGAAUGACAUGUUGAUGACUGUUUGAGUAAGAGCACGAUAAAUGAGAUCUUGCAGCAAAGUACCUCACAGGCAAGCCAGUUAAAACAAAGUAAUAACCAUCAUGCAAAAUCAAGCUGCAAGAGGAAAGGAAGCAGCAUAAAUAAGCAAGCCAAAAAGAUAAAAUCUGUAAA